AAACAAUACAAUUUUUUAUUUGAAAUCAUUUAGCAAUAAAUUAUGAAUUAUUUAAUCAUCUUUAUCAUAUUGACUACCAUAAUAAAAUGCUCAAUUUCCUCUGCAGGUGACCAUUCACCUUAUUACCAAAGGUGUGUCGAAAGAUGUGAAAUAUUGAAUUGUACUGAAGAUGGUAAAGAAUUUUUAGAAGAUAAACAACCAAUUGUCCUUAAAUUUACAUUAUGGGACUGUAGUCAAGAAUGUCACCAUGAGUGUAUGUGGAAAACAGUAGAUGCAUUCCAUGAGAGAGAUUGGAGAACACCACAGUUUUAUGGAAAAUGGCCUUUUAUCAGGGUAUUAGGAAUGCAAGAACCUGCAUCUGUGAUAUUUUCUCUGCUCAAUGGAUAUUUCCACAUAAAAAUGAUUAGGAAGUUUAGAAGAGAAGUAAGGGGUGACAGUCCUUUAGUAUGGUUAUGGCAUGCAUUCUUCAUUGUUUCAGUACAUGCAUGGACCUGGUCAGCCAUUUUCCACUAUCGAGAUUUUCCUUUAACAGAAAUUUUAGACUAUGCCUGUGCCUUCUCUAUGGUAUUGAUGAAUUGCUAUGUUAUGGCUAUGAGGUUAUUAUAUGGUAAACUUCCUACAUAUGGGUUAAUUGGAAUAACACUCAUUUUUAUACUGUUUCUGAUGAGCCAUGUAGCAUAUUUAAGUAUAGGACGCAUCGACUAUGGUUAUAAUAUAGAACUCAACAUUGCUGUUGGUACUUUCACGGCACUUUGUUGGUUUGUCUGGUGUUUUUAUAAUCGUUCUAGUCAAAAGUAUGUAUGGAAAUGUGCUAUUUAUGUAGCAAUGUCCGGACUUGUUCUACUGUUGGAAUUAAUCGAUAGGCCUCCAAUAUAUUUUACAGUCGAUUACCACGCAUUGUGGCAUUUCUCCACAGCACCUCUCAUUAUUUUUGUAUAUGGAUUUGCUAUCGAUGAUUGCAAAUAUUUGAGAAAUAAGAAAGACUUGGCGAAGAAACUGCCCUGAGGAUCGGACAAGAGAACUAAAGAUAAGAAGUAUAAACGUCGAAAUGCCAAUUCCUUGAAUAACCACAAAGUCAUAUCAUUUUAUAGAUAAGUGGUCUAGUCACUUCAAAACGAAUAAUGAACAAGACUUGUUUUAUUUAGAAUUAAUUAUUUUUUGUCCGUCUUUAAGGAAAACAUUUAAACAUUAG